CUGGCGGAGUUGAGGCUGAGCGCUGCUGCAGCGGGAACAUGGCGGAGACUGUGAGCUCCGUCUUCGACAACCAGGACACGCACAGCCCGGACAGCGACGGGGAAGGCACGAGACCGGCACCGCCACUCCGAGGACGAGGCUGUGGAAGGAAGAGAAAAGGAACGCCUGUGAAAGUCUUUGUUUCACCAGCCGAAGAGAACAACACUGGCCACAGCGCAGGUGAUCCGAAAGAAUCAGCAGAGCGCCAACACCAGACACCUGAUGUGCUGGUGUCGGACUCAGAUCCUCACAGCUGUGAGCCUUCAGAUCACAUCGGCAACAAGGCCCCCUGUGGAAAUGAGACCAACUCCAGUUCAGCUUCCACACCAGUCCCAGCUUCGGUCCCCGCUCCAGCACGAACGCCGUCUCCCGCUCCGGCCCUGUCCCUGACACCAGCAUCCACGGCCCCAGCCACCCCGGCAGCAUCGGCUCCUGCCACAUCCGCAAGCUCCUCGCCUCCCUCUCCCAACUGUCGCAUCAGAGAGGUUCACUCCGGCAGCCAGGUCCGGCUGGUGGUUAUAGCCAUUCGUGACAUCACCAAGGGGGAGGAGAUCACUGUGGACUACAGCCUCACCGAGUGGGGAGAAAACCUGGGUUACCGGGGUACGUCAUCUGCUGUGGAACAUGAGUCCAACUCUGACGCUGAGAACAAUAUCAAAAAGGAGGAGGAGAAUGUUCCCCUGACAUCCCAUCAUCAACAGAAUUCCGACUACGUCGCCCCUUCCUGGUCGCUCUCCCUCUCCUCCCCCCCGAUCUCACACUCUGAGGGCAGUGAUGAUGAAGACAACCCCUCCGGACGAGGCCGGACGCAGCGGCGGCGCAAAAAACGCCGCGGGACUAUCUUAAAGAAAAGGACCCCGCAAACCCCACCUGGACGCUCAACAAUAAUGCCUCCUCAGCAGCAAGCGUUUGUGCCCACAUCGUCCCCCCACUGCGUGUCUCCUUCCUCAGCCAAGUCGGACUUUAAAGCCCCCACGCCCCUCGGCUGCAACAGCAACACCACGAAUGUUCCUAAGAAAGGACCGUCUGCCGACUCCAUCCGCCAAACGUGUGAAUACUGCGGACGCCACUUCCGCUCUUUAGGCCGCCACUUAGACAAGCACCAUGCGCACCAGCCAGACGUGUGUUCUGCCCUUGUUGAACGCUACACGCAGAUGCCCCACCUAAAUACGCAGAACACAAACUUUCUGACAGCUCAUCCACACUCCAGGUCCUCACAGAGCCGGGGUGGCGUUCCGGACUUCUCCAUGUCUCCACCCCAUAGACAGAGUGCAGUGGCAGUGUCCGUCCUAAAGCGGAGUCCGCCCCUUGUGUCCUCGCCGCCACACAAAAAAGGAGUCAAGAGGAUAAAGAAGGAGCGGCAGGAUGGCGAGGGGAACAAAGGUGUGGAUGAAGAGCUGCUGUGCCCUCGGUCAGAGUUGAACCCUCACAUGGAAGCAGAGGACAAGGAAUAUGAUGAAGAUGAGGAAGAGGGGGAGGAGCAUGUGGAUGGGGAGGAUGACAGCGGUGGCGAGGGGAAGGAACCAGACCUGAUGAGUUCUGGCCGUCACCAAAUGCUUCCUCUGCUCUCGUCGCUCUCCUCUCUGGUCCUUUACCUGCGGCGGCUGCAGCACUCGGCCUUCUUGUCUCUGUCCCGUCAGCUGCAGUCGUCUGAGGCCUGGCGUCUCCUCUGCCACUCCAGCCUGGCUCUCCUCAUCCUGUAUAACCGACGGCGAGAGUGUGAGGUCUCCAAGCUUCUGAUCUGCGAGUACAGAGCACGUGUCACUCCUCAGUGUCCAGUCCCUGUCCCCCCAGGGGCCCCUCCAGCACUCACCCCACUGGAAGCCUCCUUGUCCCCCUUUGAGCGUCUGGUGCUGCCACACCUGCCCCGAGUGGGUGUUCAAGGAAAACGUGGACGGAUUCAGCCUCUCAUUCUUCCGCCCCACUGUGAGCCGUGCCUGGAGCUCCUGCUGGAGACCCGGCAUGACGUGGGAGUAGACCCAGCCAACCCUUACGUCUUUGCCAGACCGUACCACUCCCCGGCCACGCCACUUCGAGGCACCGACCUGCUGCGCAGCCUGGCCCGCUCCAGUGGGACACGCAACCCCAGAGCGCUGACUCAAACCAGGGUCCGGCGCCAGGUCGCCAUCCUCACUCAGCUUCUUCUCCUGGGAGAGGGGGAGGUGGCCGGUCAGGUGGGGGGCGGUGCCGUGGAGCGGCUGGAGAACUUCCUGGAGAAAGAGUACCACGUGACACAGUGCUGCUCUGAAAUCGGCCAGGACCCCGGCCUGAUGGGGAGAGUCGGCCGAGUCGUGCUGUGUGGAGAGAGGGACGGCGUUCUGUUCAGAGGAAUGAGUCUCAACCACAUCUGCCUGGAGCUGGACGUGAUGUCGGGAAAUUCAGCCGACUCCUUCUCCGAAGGAGAGUCGGAUGGCGAGCGCAGCAUCGAGAUCGACGCACUUCCUGAAGCUGGUAUCAACGCCACAUCCGCAUUACUCUACAUGAAGAAGGCCAAAAACAACGGGCGAGUCGGGAGACCAAAGAAAGUCAAGAGCAUUGAGCCGCUUCCUCCACUUCUUCCUCCACUACCUGUCAAGAGUCGACGAGGAUCAGGCAAACGCGGCGUGUUGAAGAGGCCCUGGUCUGAAGCCGAGCGCGCGGCGGUGGAGGAGCACCUCACGCAGAACAUCACAGAGAUGCGUGUGCCCGCCAAGGCCGACUGCGAGCGCUGCCUGCAGCAGUGCCCCCUGCUGGUCAGCAACCAGCGUGACUGGCGAGCCAUCAAAUUCUACUGUCACAACCGCAUUCAGCUGCUGAAGAAGAACAUGCAGCGCGAGAACGAGCCGCUGCCGCUCCCCGUCUGCUGAGACUGACCCCUUGCACUUCAGCGAGUUGUAGAUGUAGCACCUUCUUCUUUUCUCACCCGAGGGAUUUUUGAAAUCGAAACAGGAGCAGAUCAAUUCCACUUGUUGCUGCUUUGAGUCUUAAAUAUCAACUCCAGUCUUUAUUUUUGUUUUGUUUUUCCUCUGCUCAUGAACGCUUCUCGGUGGGGGGACCCGCUUGUCGUGUGCUGUAUCCGUAGUUAUUCGUCUCCACCAGUUUCAAUGUUAACAAAGGUCAUAUCUCGGCGUUUAGUUUCACUCUAUGACCAUUGUGGAGUAGCGUUCGUGUUUCUAGCACUUUGGAGAUGAAAACUCAACUGUCUUUUUAGACUAGACGGCUGUUUCCAGUAGACUGUGCAAUUCAAAGCUUUUUUUUGUAGGCGGCGACAAAAGCUACUUUUUUUCUACUCAAUUGUGAGACAAUUAAAAUGGCGUUGGAAUGUAGAGAUCAAUACCUAAGAUGUUUUUGAUAAACGCGUCCGGAGACAGUUCUUGAACCUGCUGGGUGGGACCUGGAAGAUUUGUCUUUCUGCCUGUUGCACGUGUUCCAGCAAGCGCUGACGGAGCAGCCCAUACGCUGGAGAAACACCAGUCCUGUGCUUGUGUUUAAUCUGGCGGCCGUUUUUCAAAAAUGAAGGGAAAAAAGGGAAAGUGUCCUGCGCUUUUCAGGUCUGUUGUGUUCAGCGCCCCCCAGUGGCGAUUCCCAUAUACACGCUUUUUUUGCGAUCGGUCUUCAACGAAGCAUCAAACCGAGUAAAUCUCCACAGAGAAACUUGAAAUUAUCUAAACCGUUCAUCAGUUUUUUUGUACUUAAUGACCAUUAUCACUAUGGUAACUGGCUGUAAUGAACCCAUUUCUUUGUGUGUUUUUUUAUUUGUACAUAAUCUUUGUAAAUUCCUUAUUGAACAGAGAAAAAAAUCCUAUGACAUGCGUUUGAUUACUGUGUUCUUUUUUUUUCUUUUUUAAAAUAAACUCAGUUUCCAA